AUGUCGGCCAGUCUAGUGUUUGAUGUGGAAAUGGGAUCAUUCCAGAUGGUUUUGCGGGCACAAGAGAUGGUCACAAUUCGUUUUGAGAAGCACGACAUUGCGCAAGAUACAGACAGUGCCACUCUUCGUCGUUCGCCUCGCAACCAUGACCAACGCUGUCACGAAAGUCCAGAUAGCGAUCCUUUGCCAGGUUCAGUCUCAGAGACAACCGUUUUGACUAUGAUGACCGCUGCCCAAGACUCAGAACUUGCAUACAAACCUGCAAAAGAUGAGCAGCUGGUCAAUGAUGCCCUUCUCAAACUCCUGACCGCAUUUACAGUUCAUAUUGACACCAUGAAAUGUGAAUGGACCAUUGCUCGGUCGCCGUUCCCAAGCGUUGAAUUUGGUGAUAAUUAUAUGACGGCACGUACAGAUGGAUUUCUUCAAGCCAUGGAUACCGAAGAGGUCUUUGCCAUUGUCGGGGUGAAGCCAAAAAUCCGCGAUUCGGAGCGUUGGCCUCAGCUCAUGUGGCAAGAAACGGGUGAAAUGGUCGCGUGGAUAGUGGACAAUGCUAAGAAAAGCAGGAGAUGUCCUCCUAAGCACCAUUUACUUGUUGCGCAAGACCUCCACGAGAUUUACCUUGUGAUCGCGACCUUUGACGAUCAAUAUAUUGGGUAUCUCACUGAACAAGAUCAACCAGACGCCCCAUUGCUGCCCGUACCGGACGCGAGAUUUGCAUUUCUUAAGAUGCAAGAAUAUGGUCCCUGGAAUACCCAGGCUCCCAGCAAUAUGAAAAAGUUGGCAGAGAUCUUUAUAGCUCUGUCUUUUCAAGUCACGGAAGAUAUUGAAGCCGCUCAGACUCAAACGGGUUGA